CCCGGGCCCCUAGACGGACCGACGCGAGCCCAGACUCCGCACCGUCUCCGCGGGGGUCGGGGCAGCCCCCCGGCCUCCUCCCCGCUCCGCGCGCGCCGCGCCCCGGGCGCGCCCCCGCCGUCAGGGGGCGCGGCCUGACGGGGCGGCGCCCGCGCUCGGAGCCAAUUCGCUCCGCGGGAGCCUGUUUGGCGGGAACUUGGCAAAGUGCAGCUCCCCGAGGCCCGGCGGUCGCCCGGCGCCCGCCUCGUCCUCCGGCCACACGCUGCUCAAGCCUCUUCCCGCCGCGAUGGCUCCCCGGAAGCGCCCCGAAAAGCUGAAGACCCUCGAGGUGGCCGUGCGCCCCGCGAGCAAGAGGAGCAGGAGCCCCCGGGAGCCGGAGCCCGAGGCCAAACAGCGGCGGGUGAAGAACCCCGGUUCCAGCGGGAAGUUUGACUCAGGCUGCCUUUGGGCGGGCUUGGCGAGCCCGCAGGUCCCACCACUGCCAAACAGCAGCAUCAUCAAGGCCCUUCAGCACCGGAAACUGGGCCAGGCCAUGCAGCAGGCUCUCCAACAGUCCUUUUUGCACUCACUGGCUUCUUACCGGAUAUUUCAAAGGGCCGCCCCCUUUGACCGGAGGGCCACAGCCUUGGCAUGGCACCCAACUCACCCCAACAUCCUGGCUGUGGGGUCCAAAGGAGGAGAUAUCUUUCUCUGGAACGUCAGACUGAAGGACAAACCCACCUUCCUUAAAGGGAUUGGCGCUGGAGGGAGUAUCACUGGGAUGAAGUUUAACUCUCUCAACCCCAACCAGCUGUUCACCUCCUCUAUGGAGGGAACAACGAGGCUGCAGGACUUCCAAGGCAACACUGUCCGAGUCUUUACCAGUUCCAGCUCCUGCAACCUCUGGUUUUGCAGCCUGGAUGUAUCCGCCCAAAGCCACAUGGUGGUCACAGGGGACAACAUGGGGAAUGUGAGCCUGCUGACCGUGGAUGGCAAGGAGCUCUGGAAUCUGAAAAUGCACAAAAAGAAAGUGUCCCACGUGGCCCUGAACCCCUGCUGUGACUGGGUCCUGGCCACGGCCUCCGUCGACCAGACUGUGAAAAUCUGGGACCUGCGCCAGGUGAAAGGGAAGUCCAGCUUCCUCUGCUCCCUGCCCCACUGCCAGGGCGUCAACUCAGCUUCCUUUAGUCCCGAUGGCUCCCGGCUCCUGACCACGGAUCAGAAGAGUGAGCUCCGGGUCUACUCAGCCUCCCAGUGGGACUGUCCCCCUAACCUGAUCCCACACCCUCACCGCCGGUUCCAGCACCUCACGCCCAUCAAGUUGUCAGUGGCAAAGAAAACGCCUGCGUUCCUCUCAAGAGUGAUCUGCGUCUCCUUCUGUGACCAGCCUCUCAAUCUCCUAGGCCACUUGGCAUCCUCGGCACGACCUCAUCAUCGUGGGCCGAUACCCAGACCCUCAUUUCGCCAGCUGUGGCCCCUCCGAAUUACGGACCAUCGACGUGUUUGACGGAAGCUCAGGGAAGAUGCUGUAUCAGUUCAGUGACCCAGGAUCUUUGGGUAUCAUCUCGGUGAGUUGUGGGCUCAUGAAUAAAUGGUGGAAGCAGGGGUUCAAGCUUAGGGGCUCAAAAUGACCCAGAACUAAUUCUGGCACGCGCCCCUCUCCGCCAAUACCUUCACCCCUUCUCAGGCUCAUCUUAUCUCCUUUGUCUCUGCAGCUCAAUGAAUUCAAUCCCAUGGGGGACACGCUGGCCUCUCUGAUGGGUGAGUGAAGCAGGUUGGAUCCCAGACGGGCCAAGUCUGUUGCCCAGGUGUCCCUUGCAGCUGACCUUAGCUUAGCCCCAAACAUUCACCCGAGAGAUGCAGGAUGCGGUGGUCUCUCUGGCCUGGGCCUUCCCCUCCUCUCACAUUGUCCUAUCCAUGGGAGGGUCUGGCUGCUGCCCUGUUUCCUGGUAUGUCCUUAGCAUGUCCUAGGUGCCCUGCUGCUUCCCUCUGGCAGUGGGAAAAGGAAGUCAGACCGGUUCUCACUCGUCCUAGGUUAUAACAUUCUCGUCUGGAGCCAGAAGGAAGCUGGGACACAGGAAUGAGAGACAUCGAUAGAGAGGGCCAGAAAAGGGCUUGGCACCCCGCAAGAACCAGUCCUGCAUGAAGAACACAGCUGUUUGUGGGUUCUGGGGUGUAUUUUGAGGGGGCGUGUCUCCCGGGCAGUGCUCAGGGGGCCAUGGGAGCCCUUCCUUGGGGUUCUUGGCCAAGUGGUUCAGCCAUUCAACGUGAGGAUCCGAGGACAUGGUGCUGCUUGGGCCCCAUCAUACAAAGGAUCCCCCUGGUGGGACUUGGGGGCCACCAUGGCCACAUCAGGUGAUGUUUGGGGGACCAAAGUGGGGCCAGUGGCAUGGAAGGCAAGCACCUUAAGCCUGGUACUAUUUCUCUGGCCCCAAGACUGCAACUUGUUCAACGGCCAAAGGUGUCCACAUAUAAGGUUGCAACGGGUAUGGUGGCACGAGACAGCACGGGACUGGGGAACACCGGCUGUGUUCCUGCACUGGACUCAGCUCCAGGAACUUCUCUGGAGUUGGCCACAUGCAGCCUCUGGCCCCUGCUCUGUCUGGCCUGGAGGCAGCGAGCUUUCCCUGGGGCUUCUCUCCUGUGAAUGCGCAUGGGGCAGUGGGUUGUGGUGUGGGCUUACGCUGGAUAAGGCCAAUAAAGCCAUUCCCAGACAUGCUGCUUCUGAGUGGUCUCCAGCACGGACCUCGCUGAAGGCUCCUUCAGUCCCCCAAAGGAAGAACACAGAAAAACAGCAGGAAGAGUUCAAAACUUGAUUAUCUGGACACUGCCCCAGCCUUCUUCUGUCUAGAGCUG